AUUGGCAGCCUGAAUGUCAAGUGUUUGUUUACUCCGUGCCAUACUUCAGGGCACAUUUGUUAUUAUGUGACUGGUCCAUCAGGCCAGGAUCCUGCUGUAUUCACAGGAGACACACUGUUUGUUGCUGGCUGUGGGAAGUUCUUUGAAGGCACCCCACAACAAAUGUACAAAGCUCUCAUAGAAAUUCUCAGCAGCCUGCCACCACAAACCAAAGUAUACUGCGGCCAUGAAUACACAGUGAACAAUUUAAAGUUUGCCUCAACUGUUGAACCUGAUAACCCAGAUAUUUCUGCAAGAUUACAGUUGGCACAGAAGCAAAGAAGCAAUGGUGAACCCACAAUUCCAUCAACAAUACAGGAUGAACAUCUCUUCAAUCCUUUUAUGAGGGUCAAUGUGCCGUCAGUCCAGAAGCAUACUGGGGAGUCUGAUCCUGUCAAGGUCAUGGGAGCACUGCGACAUGAGAAGGAUCAUUUCAGACCCUAA